AUGUUGUUAAAAGCCAAGUGUACAAAACUCGAAGUCAGAAGCAACCUGCUGGUUUCACCUCAGGCCAGGGGCUGCACUCUCCUCCUGCCCCCGCAGCUGCUGGAGCCACCACCGUCACCUCACUCUCCUCCUGCCCCCGCAGCUGCUGGAGCCACCACCGUCACCUCAGGCCAGCCGCUGCACUCUCCUCCUGCCCCCGCAGCUGCUGGAGCCACCACUGUCACCUCAGGCCAGCGGCUGCACUCUCCUCCUGCCCCCACAGCUGCUGGAGCCACCACCGUCACCUCUGGCCAGCGGCUGCACUCUCCUCCUGCCCCCGCAGCUGCUGGAGCCACCACCGUCACCUCUGGCCUGCGGCUGAACUCUCCUCCUUCCCCCGCAGCUGCUGGAGCCACCACCGUCACCUCUGGUCAGCGGCUGCACUCUCCUCCUGCCCCCGCAGCUGCUGGAGCCACCACCGUCACCUCUGGCCAGCGGCUGCACUCUCCUCCUGCCCCCGCAGCUACUGGAGCCACCACCGUCACCUCAGGCCAGCGACUGCACUCUCCUCCUUCCCCCGCAGUUGCUGGAGCCACCACCGUCACCUCUGGCCAGCGGCUGCACUCUCCUCCUGCCCCCGCAGCUGCUGGAGCCACCACCGUCACCUCUGGCCAGCGGCUGCACUCUCCUCCUGCCCCCGCAGCUGCUGGAGCCACCACCGUCACCUCUGGCCGGCGGCUGCACUCUCCUCCUGCCCCCGCAGCUGCUGGAGCCACCACCGUCACCUCAAGCCAGCAGCUGCACUCUCCUCCUGCCCCCGCAGCUGCUGGAGCCACCACCGUCACCUCUGGCCAGCGGCUGCACACUCCUCCUGCCCCCGCAGCUACUGGAGCCACCACCGUCACCUCUGGCCAGCGGCUGCACUCUCCUCCUGCCCCCGCAGAUGCUGGAGCCACCACCGUCACCUCUGGCCAGAGGCUGCACUCUCCUCCUGCCCCCGCAGCUGCUGGAGCCACCACCGUCACCUCUGGCCAGCGGCUGCACUCUCCUCCUGCCCCCGCAGCUGCUGGAGCCACCACCGUCACCUCUGGCCAGCGGCUGCACUCUCCUCCUGCCCCCGCAGCUGCUGAAGCCACCACCGUCACCUCUGGCCAGCGGCUGCACUCUCCUCCUGCCCCCACAGCUGCUGGAGCCACCACCGUCACCUCUGGCCAGCGGCUGCACUCUCCUCCUGCCCCCGCAGCUGCUGGAGCCACCAGCCUGCUGGAGCCACCACCGUCACCUCAGGCCAGCGGCUGCACUCUCCUCCUGCCCCCGCAGCUCCUGGAGCCACCACCGUCACCUCUGGCCAGCGGCUGCACUCUCCUCCUGCCCCCGCAGCUGCUGGAGCCACCACCGUCACCUCUGGCCAGCGGCUGCACUCUCCUCCUGCCCCCGCAGCUACUGGAGCCACCACCGUCACCUCAGGCCAGCGACUGCACUCUCCUCCUUCCCCCGCAGCUGCUGGAGCCACCACCGUCACCUCUGGCCAGCGGCUGCACUCUCCUCCUGCCCCCACAGCUGUUGGAGCCACCACCGUCACCUCUGGCCAGCGGCUGCACUCUCCUCCUGCCCCCGCAGCUGCUGGAGCCACCAGCGUCACCUCACUCUCCUCCUGCCCCCGCAGCUGCUGGAGCCACCACCGUCACCUCAGGCCAGCCGCUGCACUCUCCUCCUGCCCCCGCAGCUGCUGGAGCCACCACCGUCACCUCAGGCCAGCGGCUGCACUCUCCUCCUGCCCCCGCAGCUGCUGGAGCCACCACCGUCACCUCUGGCCAGCGGCUGCACUCUCCUCCUGCCCCCGCAGCUGCUGGAGCCACCACCGUCACCUCUGGCCAGCGGCUGCACUCUCCUCCUGCCCCCGCAGCUACUGGAGCCACCACCGUCACCUCAGGCCAGCGACUGCACUCUCCUCCUUCCCCCGCAGCUGCUGGAGCCACCACCGUCACCUCUGGCCAGCGGCUGCACUCUCCUCCUGCCCCCGCAGCUGCUGGAGCCACCACCGUCACCUCUGGCCAGCGGCUGCACUCUCCUCCUGCCCCCGCAGCUGCUGGAGCCACCACCGUCACCUCUGGCCGGCGGCUGCACUCUCCUCCUGCCCCCGCAGCUGCUGGAGCCACCACCGUCACCUCAAGCCAGCAGCUGCACUCUCCUCCUGCCCCCGCAGCUGCUGGAGCCACCACCGUCACCUCUGGCCGGCGGCUGCACUCUCCUCCUGCCCCCGCAGCUACUGGAGCCACCACCGUCACCUCUGGCCAGCGGCUGCACUCUCCUCCUGCCCCCGCAGCUGCUGGAGCCACCACCGUCACCUCUGGCCAGCGGCUGCACUCUCCUCCUGCCCCCGCAGCUGCUGGAGCCACCACCGUCACCUCUGGCCAGAGGCUGCACUCUCCUCCUGCCCCCGCAGAUGCUGGAGCCACCACCGUCACCUCUGGCCAGAGGCUGCACUCUCCUCCUGCCCCCGCAGCUGCUGGAGCCACCACCGUCACCUCUGGCCAGCGGCUGCACUCUCCUCCUGCCCCCGCAGCUGCUGGAGCCACCACCGUCACCUCUGGCCGGCGGCUGCACUCUCCUCCUGCCCCCACAGCUGUUGGAGCCACCACCGUCACCUCUGGCCAGCGGCUGCACUCUCCUCCUGCCCCCGCAGCUGCUGGAGCCACCAGCCCGCUGCACUCUCCUCCUGCCCCCGCAGCUGCUGGAGCCACCACCGUCACCUCAGGCCAGCGGCUGCACUCUCCUCCUGCCCCCGCAGCUGCUGGAGCCACCACCGUCACCUCUGGCCAGCGGCUGCACUCUCCUCCUGCCCCCGCAGCUGCUGGAGCCACCACCGUCACCUCUGGCCAGCGGCUGAACUCUCCUCCUUCCCCCGCAGCUGCUGGAGCCACCACCGUCACCUCUGGUCAGCGGCUGCACUCUCCUCCUGCCCCCGCAGCUGCUGGAGCCACCACCGUCACCUCUGGCCAGCGGCUGCACUCUCCUCCUGCCCCCGCAGCUACUGGAGCCACCACCGUCACCUCAGGCCAGCGACUGCACUCUCCUCCUGCCCCCGCAGCUGCUGGAGCCACCACCGUCACCUCUGGCCAGCGGCUGCACUCUCCUCCUGCCCCCGCAGCUGCUGGAGCCACCACCGUCACCUCUGGCCAGCGGCUGCACUCUCCUCCUGCCCCCGCAGCUGCUGGAGCCACCACCGUCACCUCUGGCCAGCCGCUGCACUCUCCUCCUGCCCCCGCAGCUGCUGGAGCCACCACCGUCACCUCUGGCCAGCGGCUGCACUCUCCUCCUGCCCCCGCAGCUGCUGGAGCCACCACUGUCACCUCUGGCCAGCGGCUGCACUCUCCUCCUGCCCCCGCAGCUGCUGGAGCCACCACCGUCACCUCUGGCCAGCGGCUGCACUCUCCUCCUGCCCCCACAGCUGUUGGAGCCACCACCGUCACCUCUGGCCAGCGGCUGCACUCUCCUCCUGCCCCCGCAGCUGCUGGAGCCACCAGCCGGCUGCACUCUCCUCCUGCCCCCGCAGCUGCUGGAGCCACCACCGUCACCUCUGGCCAGCGGCUGCACUCUCCUCCUGCCCCCGCAGCUGCUGGAGCCACCACCGUCACCUCUGGCCAGCGGCUGCACUCUCCUCCUGCCCCCGCAGCUGCUGGAGCCACCACCGUCACCUCUGGCCAGCGGCUGCACUCUCCUCCUGCCCCCGCAGCUGCUGGAGCCACCACUGUCACCUCUGGCCAGCGGCUGCACUCUCCUCCUGCCCCCGCAGCUGCUGGAGCCACCACCGUCACCUCAGGCCAGCGGCUGCACUCUCCUCCUGCCCCCGCAGCUGAUGGAGCCACCACCGUCACCUCUGGCCAGCGGCUGCACUCUCCUCCUGCCCCCGCAGCUGCUGGAGCCACCACCGUCACCUCUGGCCAGCGGCUGCACUCUCCUCCUGCCCCCGCAGCUGCUGGAGCCACCACCGUCACCUCAGGCCAGCGGAUGCACUCUCCUCCUGCCCCCGCAGCUGCUGGAGCCACCACCGUCACCUCUGGCCAGCGGCUGCACUCUCCUCCUGCCCCCGCAGCUGAUGGAGCCACCACCGUCACCUCUGGCCAGCGGCUGCACUCUCCUCCUGCCCCCGCAGCUGCUGGAGCCACCACCCGGCUGCACUCUCCUCCUGCCCCCGCAGCUGCUGGAGCCACCACCGUCAUCUCAGGCCAGCGGCUGCUGCCCCCGCAGCUGCUGGAGCUACCACCGUCACCUCAGGCCAGCGGCUGCACUCUCCUCCUGCCCCCGCAGCUGCUGGAGCCACCACCGUCACCCUCUGGCCAGCGGCUGCACUCUCCUCCUGCCCCCGCAGCUGCUGGAGCCACCACCGUCACCUCAGGCCAGCGGCUGCACUCUCCUCCUGCCCCCGCAGCUGCUGGAGCCACCACCGUCACCUCAGGCCAGCCGCUGCACUCUCCUUCUACCCCCGCAGCUGCUGGAGCCACCACCGUCACCUCUGGCCAGCGGCUGCACUCUCCUCCUGCCCCCGCAGCUGCUGGAGCCACCACCGUCACCUCUGGCCAGCGGCUGCACUCUCCUCCUGCCCCCGCAGCUGCUGGAGCCACCACCGUCACCUCUGGCCAGCGGCUGCACUCUCCUCCUGCCCCCGCAGCUGCUGGAGCCACCACCGUCACCUCUGGCCAGCGGCUGCACUCUCCUCCUGCCCCCGCAGCUGCUGGAGCCACCACUGUCACCUCAGGCCAGCGGCUGCACUCUCCUCCUGCCCCCGCAGCUGCUGGAGCCACCACCGUCUCCUCAGGCCAGCGGCUGCACUCUCCUCCUGCCCCCGCAGCUGCUGGAGCCAUCCCCGUCACCUCAGGCCAGCGGCUGCACUCUCCUCCUGCCCCUGUCGGAAACUUCCCUUUCGUUGCCUGCUGCCUCUCGCUACUUCUUCCUCUGAUCGGUGUUGCCUUGCUCCCUCACCACCCUACUCAGACACCCUUACUUCCGCCUCUCUGCUGCACCUGCCUUCUCCUCAUGUCUCCCUGUUCUUUGCCUUAG